CUCUGUUACGUCAGCUGUUUCUCUGCUGUCCUGCAGUGUCCGUGUUUUUGUAGCUGAAAGUGUGAAAAACUGGCUCCGUUGCAAUGGAUACUCGGAUUUAGGAGGAUACCUCAGCUUGGAAAGCAUACGAAAUCUUACAAUCCCACUCAAGUUAACCAAGGAUACGGAAUUAAACGUCUCUGCUUGGUAACUGCAUUUCUAUUUUCGGGUGGGAUGGAAGGACACUUCUGCGCAAGGGACUCAUUUAUGCAGUGGUUAGAUCUCUGGCUAGCAAAGCUAGCUAAUGUGCAAAUGCUAACUAUAAAAACAAUCAGCUAGCUACAAGAAACGAUUUGCAUGAACGUCAGUGGAUAGGUUGACUCGUUUAGCAUAUACAAAUGCAAUCCGUCAGCUUAUUGUAAUUUGUGUAUUUUACUAAAUCGAAUCACUUAAAAUGGAUCAAUGGAUAGUUUACAAGCUAGCUAGACAAUUUAGCUGAUUAGCUAGCUAUGGAUUGUUGUUGUGUUAGCUGACACGCUAAGGUUAGCUGUCCAGUUAAAUCAACAUAACACUUGUCUUUGAAAAUGCGGUGACACGUAUUUAAUGGUAGUCAGUACUGUACCCCUAGUAUGGGAAAUAUAUCCCAGCAAGCUACUGUUAGCUAACGUUAGCUAACUAGCUAGUUGAUGGGUUGAGAUGUAACUUGACUUCCCAAUUAAGAUGUAGCACGAGACAGCUGAAAGUUAAUUCUAGUUUGCUAGCUAGCUAGCUCAGCUCAUUCCUCACAGGAAAGAUUGUAUUUUUACAUUUAUUGCAUGAGGGGGUGCCCAACAAGUCAGGCAAUCAUGUCUAGUAAAGCCACGACUAAAGAGAAGAAAUCUGGUAGCUUCAGCAAGAAACUCUUCAGACGAGGCUCUGUGCGCUCCGUGGGUAGUUUUAUGGGCAGAGUCCUCAGGACCCUGUCAACCCUGUCCCAUUUUGGAUCAGAUGGGCAUGCUAUUGAAGGUGACAAAGACGACGGGGGUUUCACAUUAUUCAAAACUGGAGGCAAAGAUUCACCAGCUUUGGAUGAUAGUGACCGUUUCCUCGGAGAGAAGGUCCCUGGAGUGUCUGGUCUCAAAAACCAUGGUAACACUUGUUUCAUGAAUGCCAUCCUCCAGUGCCUGAGUAACACUGAACUCUUUGCUGAGUAUUUGGCACUGGAACAAUACCGGGGAGUCGAGGAAACGGAUGAGGAGAAGGAGAAACCAAAGACAAACGGUGUGCAUUUGGGAAGGAAGGGCCCUCAUGACAGAGGCGAGGUGACAGAGCAGCUGUCUGGACUGGUCCGGGCCCUGUGGACAUUUGAAUACACCCCACAGCACAGCAGGGAGUUCAAAAAUGCUGUCUCAAAGAGUGCUUUGCAGUAUAAAGGCAAUGCUCAGCAUGAUGCCCAGGAGUUUCUGCUCUGGCUUCUGGACAGGGUACAUGAAGACCUCAACAACCAUCCCAACAACAGGCCUUCCAUUAAGCCACCAGUGGAAGAGGAUGAUGGGGGUCUAGAGGGGCCUUCUCUUCCACUCUCUACCGGUUCAUUUGUGCAAGAGCUAUUUCAGGCCCAGUACAGGUCGUCGCUCACCUGCCCGCAUUGCCAAAAACAGAGCAACACCUUUGAUCCUUUCCUCUGCAUCUCCCUUCCCAUCCUCUUACCUCACACAAGGCCUCUGUAUGUGACAGUGGUCUACCAGGGGAAGUACUCUCACUGUAUGAGGAUCGGUGUGGCCGUGCCCCUGAACAGCACCGUGUCCAGACUCCGAGAUGCUGUGUCACGUGAGACCAAGAUCCCCCUGGACCAGUUUGUUUUGACGGAGAUGUACUACGACGGUUUCCAUCGCUCCUUCUGUGAUGACGACGACAAUCUCAAUAUCAUUCAGGAGAGCGAUUCCAUCUUUGCCUUUGAGACGCCUGAGAUGUUCAGACUAGAGAACAUUCGAACCAAGAGAGGGAGUCUCCUUGCCAACCUGAACCAGAACAACUUAAAGUUUGGGAAUGAGAUGAGCAGGACUCCAUCUUUCAUGCAAGGAGCCGUGAUUCCUGCCACUGCAUCGGCCAAUAAGAACACAGGGGCCGACAAGAUGGUCCUGCUGAUCUGUAACCGAGCCUGCACCGGUCACCAAGGGAGGAGGUUUGGUCUUCCAUUUGUUCUGUACAUGGAUCGCACUGUGACCUGGGAUAUCCUGCAGAAGGAGAUCCUGGAGAAGAUGCAUCACCUGCUCAGGCCAGGAGUUUACAUUCAGGUAGGGCCCUUCAGCCUACGAGUGGUUGGUGUGGUUGGCAUCACGUACCUCCUGCCCCAAGAGGAGCAGCCUCUCUGUCACCCAACAGUGGAAAGAGCGUACAAGUCCUGUGGCCAGGGGGGACCGCCGCACGUCAAGAUAGUGGUGGAGUGGGACAAAGAGACCAAGGAUUAUCUGUUUGGGCUCACUGAGGAAGAGUACAUCCCUGAUGCUGAGAGUGUGUAUCUGCACAGAGAGCAACACCAUCAGCCCCAGGCCUGCACCCUCGCUCAGUGCCUCCAGCUCUACACCAAAGAGGAGCAGCUGGCCCCGGAUGAUGCCUGGCGCUGCCCACAUUGCAAGCAGCUGCAGCAAGGCCGCAUCAAGCUCAGCCUGUGGACCCUGCCUGAUGUGCUCAUACUGCACCUCAAGAGGUUCAGACAGGAAGCUGACAGGAGGGUGAAGAUGCAGAACAUGGUGCGGUUCCCUCUGCUUGGCAUGGACAUGGCUCCUCACAUGGUGAAGAGGUCCCAGAGCAGCUGGAGCCUGCCCUCUCACUGGUCACCAUGGAGACGACCCUACGGCCUGGGGCGUAACCCUGACGACUACCUGUACGACCUGUACGCCGUCUGCAAUCACCACGGAAACAUGCAUGGAGGCCACUACACAGCUUACUGUAAGAACUCUGUUGACGGACAGUGGUACUGCUUUGACGACAGUGAGGUCCAGCCCGUUGCUGAUGAUGAUGUGUGUCAGCAGACGGCCUACAUCUUGUUCUACCAGAGGAGGAACACGAUCCCCUCCUGGUCCGCCAACAGCUCCGUAGCAGGCUCCACCAGCUCAUCUCUGUGUGACCACUGGGUGAACCGUCUCCAAGGCAGCAGGCCGGCCAGCCUGGCUUCCGGGGCCUCCUCCAGACGCACCUCUCUGGCCUCCCUGGGCGAGUCGGUGGAGUUCACCACAGGGGACCGCAGCGAAGAUGACGGUGGAUUUUCGACCCGUCCCUUUGUUCGGAGCAUCCAGCGUCAGAGCUGGUCUUCCAGGUCAUCCAUCGCCAGUCCUCUGGCCUUCAGUGAGAACAGCAUGAAGCCCUCCUGGUCCCUCUCUGCCAAGCUCCAUAUGAGGUCCAACUCCCCCUCACGCUUCUCCCUGGACUCACGCUCCUCUCCCCCCUUGGAGAGGAUAGGAGAAAGGGGAGAGGCUUGUGAUGACAAGGUAUCCACGUCUUGCUUCGGUAGCUACAGCCGGCAUGAGCGCUACCCUGGUGGCAGGGCCCCCUUGGCCAUGAUGGAGGGGAACAGCAACGACCAGGACCAUGGCAGGAGGAUCCUAGACGAAGUCUACUGCAGGGCCCCCACGCCGGCCGAUAAGAAGAGCUCCAAGAGUGACCCGACGGACAACAACAACCAGAUAACAGCUCUGGACCAAAACGCACAAGCCCCCCUGUCGAAAGAGCAGAAACGCAAGAGCAGCACCGCCGGAUCUGCCCCAAAGUUAGAGAGCGCCAGGUCCAAAAAGAGUUCCAUCAAGUCUGAGCCAGAGAAAAACUCCAAGAAGCGCCAGUGUUCGUCCUCCACCCCCAAAUCCUCUACAUCCCAAAUGUCUUCCAGCCCUGUGGUAAAGGGCCCCAAGGCGACCACCUCUAAAGACAAGACCACCAGCAGCGGCAGUGCUACGCCUGCCAGGACCCCAUCCAAAAAGAAAGAGUCUUUGUCUUCCAAGGGUCCUGACUCGGCAGAUGGAACCCCCCAGCGCAAGCAGCGCAUCUCCACACCUCUGUCCUCUGCUUCCCCCUCCCCCACCAUAAAGAAGAGUGCCUCUGGCCUUGAGAAGACCACCUCUGGUCGGAAGAAGCUGCUGGAGAGGAGCUGCAGUCGGGACUCGGGCUUGGUAAGCCCUCUGGUUGAUAGACCACGCUGGGGCAGCAACGCUGCAGCCAGGACCCCCACCAAGACUACUGCGGAGGGGGUCCGUCCAGAGAGGAGGUUUUUGCGGAGUUCCAUCAGCAGCUCCUCUGUCACCAGCCUGCGCUCCCCCAGUGUCUCCUGCAGGGACCCUAGGCACAGCAGCAAGUCAGAGGACAAGGGCCUGUCGUUCUUCAAGAAUGCCCUGCGCCAGAGAGAGUCCCGUCGGUCGGCCGAUCUGGGUAAGACCAGCAUCCUGGCCAAAAAGGCAUCUGAGAGGACAGCCAGGCGGAGCGUUCAGGAGGGGGAUGGGUCGGCCUGUGCCUCAGAGCAUCAUGUGAACAAGGUUGUCAUUGAGGUAAAGGAGUCCUCCAAGCCCUCCACCCCAGUCAGACGCUCUCUGUUGCCUGUUAUAGGUAAAUCCAAGUCUUCCACUUCUGAAUCCAGUCUUAAUUCUCCCCCCAAUGGGAAAAAGCCUCUUGAGAAGCAGGCGUCCUCCAGAAAUCUUUCUGCCAGCAUGCAGUCUUCUGCACGCCCAACACAGAAGCCUCAAUGACAUCAUAUAUCGAUAGCAGUCUCGUUGUUUUAUGUAUGCAGCAUUUUCUUUUCCGUGUGCCUAAGAUAUAAAUAUAUAUAGAUUGAGAGAGUAUAUAAUAUAUAUAUAUAUGUACUUGUAUUUUUCUUUUCAUAAGCAAGAUGUAAAUGAUCAAAAGCGCCUUUCUAUCCUGUCAUGGAAACAAAUCAUUGCCUUCGGCAAAGUAUGGUAUUAGUCUACUACUGUACACAAAACUCAAUAGGAAUGUUUUAAGAUAGCACUUUGUAAAUAGAGUAUGGAAUAUUUUUUCCCCAGAACAACACUAUACAGUAACAUAGUUAAUAAAAAAUCUAUUACUGUCAAUUUUUAUGUAUUACUUUUACUUGGUUUAAAAAGGUCACGUGAAACUAGAGUAACGGGUCUAGCUAGGACUUGACAUUUAUUAAGGCUGUAAGGGUACACUAGUCUUAAGAUAUUUUGUGGAGUAGUCUAAAAUGUUACUCCUUUUCUACACCUGGUGCUGUUCAAAGGGCAAUACUGGCACUGUUUGAAAUAUUUAAAAUGCUGAGGUUCUGAAAAAAAAAAAAUAUAUAUCUAUGUCGGGUCAGCAACAGGCGUCCUGUGGCGCGAAACCGACCAGGAAGUUAUUUUUUGGGGGGGGUUGGGGGACUACCCAAAGUUUUUAGUAUAAACAAAUAUAUGUAUAUAUUUUGGGAAUUGUUUUUGGUCAAAAAAUGUGUUUAGUUUAGGAACUCUGUUUCCAAGUAUUCUCUUGAAUAAAAAAAAAAGAGACGUGAUCGUGUCUCAAUGUAAUCAAGGUCUGAAAUGAUUGUUCUCAAAUACAAUCUGUUUUUGGGCUUAGUUAUGGUCAGUUUGCAGUGUACAAAUUAUUCUAAAUAUGUUCCGGCCCCCGACCAUCCGCGGCUGAAUCUAGUUGCCUACCCCUGAUCUAUGUGUUCAGUUACCAGUCCUGGUAGCACCUCUCAACCUGUGGUACCUCAUGAGAGAUGAACAUUUCUGUCAUGUAUGGAAUAGCAGCCAGAGGCUGCUGUAUAGUACUGAUAAAAUCCAACACCGCUCAUUUAAGUUGAACAUUUGUGCUUAUUUGCCUUUGUCCUGUCUUCGGAUGAAGUCAAUUCAAUCUAAAUAAUGCACACUGCACUGAACGUUUUGCUAUUUGCUGUUACUUGAAGCGUACCUACGUAACUGUACCACUGUCAGGCCCUGCAUGGGAUGUUCUCCUUAGUUGAAUGAUAGUUUGACGAGUCAUUUCAGUCAGAUCUGGUGCCACCCCCAUAUCUGCAAAGCUUUUCUAGCUGUAGCUUUGACCUGUUACUGAACUCUCCCUGUGUCUUGCUGUAACCCGUUUGGUAAUCUACCAUGCCCAAGCCUUUCAGUGCAAUAGUUCUCAAGACUGUUCAUCAGUCUUACCUUCUAUGUUAAAUAUGAUAACUUUAAUUAUGAUUUUAAGAUACCAGGGUAAACAUUUUUGGUGGUCUGCUUGUAACAUAUUGAAAUCUUCAGAUACCCUUCUACUGAAAUGGCAUUUAACACAUUUUGUAAUAUUUUGCUUGCUGACAAUGUAAGAGACCCAGUUUCUCCAGGGUCUUGAGAUUUGUUAUCUCUAACCUACUGCACCAAGUUUAAUAUUAAACCCCACAGCAGACAUUUUGCUGCCAAAAGCUACAGUCUGUCUGAAAAUGAAACCCCCACUGUUACAUGUGAACUAUUAACAUAUUAAUGAUUGUGUAGGGGCUCAGCAACAGCCUGACAACCUGUCACUUGUUAUUGUUGCCCAUGGCUACACUGUCAUUAAGUGAGCUGCUGCUGCAAACACUGGUGAAAUGGUGGGCUUUUGAUCCAAUAACAGCGCUAGCUCACUGAAUUACUUUGCCUUGACCUGAGGGGUAUACUACAAAACAGAAUCAAUGAAUUAGCCAGCUAACUUUGAUAAGCAACCAGAAAUAACUUGAUUUUAUGGUUAGUUAGAGCAUACCCAUUUCAAACGUAACUUUUUAUUUUGUAGAAAGAUUUCAGAAUAUUUAUGCAAGUUAGCUGGCUAACUCCAUGAUCCUGCUUUGUAUUUUACCCUUCUGAAGACUUGUGUUGACUUCCAGAUUUAAUGUCUUGGCCUAGACUCUAGUUUAUCAUGAUCUUGAGUCUCACUGAUGACCCGGGUUCCAAACCUGUUCGGUUACAUUCUCCUGUUGCCAUGUUACGAAUACAUUUUACCACAUCUUUCACAAAAUGGACAUAAAAAAUAUUCGCAACGUUUAGGUGAUGAAAAGCUUUAUUUUAUGGCCCAUCCUCAUCUUUGAAUAUAUUUUAUUUGUGAAAUCAGCUUUCACAGAGAAAUCAGCUGCCUGCAACAAUAUUAUCCUUUUCGGCUUUUAAGUAGAUGGUUGUGCCACUGUGAUGUCAAUCGAUGGAAACAACCAUUUCAACACUGUGGAAAGCAGUAUUGCAUGAUAACUCUAACGCAUGCAUGUCCUUAACUAUGCAAUAGAUUGUUGCUAUGUGAACCAGAGAGUAAAUGUACAAUAUAUCCUAUCUUCCAAAUGCCAGCAAUGGAGAGCAUGGUUAGUGACUUCCAUUGCUUUAAUUGCACACUUAUGUUUUAGGGUUUUCAUUUUUUAAUUUUUUUUAUUUUUUACUACAUGUGAGAAUGUUACCACAUUGCGAAACGGAUGUAACCCAAAAUCUUUAAGAUGCUGAACAUUUUGUAUUUGUCUUGUUUUCUAACUUAAGUUUACACUAAAUGGAUUUAGUCUUAAGAUUGUUUUAAGGGAUUGUCUCUACCUUUUUUUUUUACAUUCAUGUUCAUUAUGUCAAUAUAUGUUCAUUGUUUUCCACUAUGCUGGAGUACGUGUUCAAAGGGUGCUCUCUUUUUAAAGAGCAGGUUAUCAGUCUUCCUCUUGUUCACCAGCAAGGACUUUAUUAUUAACACUACAGAAACUACAGAUGGACUCCAUCUUUAGCCCAGUCAUUUCAUGUGUUGCCUCUGCACUCUGCUCUCAUUUCACUUUUCUAUAAACUGGUUGACUGUUAGAUUUAGGUAUGAAAGGCAUGUCAGUUAAUGGAUGAAUGUCAUUAUUAAGCAAUGGGAAUGUUUUCCAUUUUGUUUUUAAAGAACACUUUUGGUCUUGUUGUAGUUGCCAUAAAGACACCUGUUGUGGCAUAGACUACUACUCGGGCAGGGCUCUCAAACCCUGUUCCUGGAGAGCUAACCUCCAUGUAGGUUUCUGCUUCAACCCCAGUUGUAACCUGAUUCAGCUUAUCAACCAGCUAGGUGUGCUAGAUGAGGGUUGGAGGGAAAACCUACAGGAUGGUAGCUCUCCGGGAACAGGGUUGGAGAGCCCUGGUCUUGGACAUCUGACGUAGUUAGUGGUAGCUAAUUAGAUCGUGUAAAGACCAUGUCAUUAAUCAGUCAUAUGGAAUUUGAUUCAUUCUUCUCUCCUUGAUUGACACACUGGACUGUAGAUACUGACUACCUAAUAGUACCAGGCAGCAGCCCACAUGUCUACAAUACUACAAUAACACUCUCUUAGUGGUUAUCUGUACAGUUGUAGUCUUCUGGAAGUUGUUCAAAAAGAGUCCGGGAAAAUAUUUGACGAUGAAAUAAGUUUUGGAAAGUGCAUGAGACUUUAUGUUAAUUGAUUUGUAUGUUUUGUUUAUGACGGAUAUGCACUUUUAAUAUGCAUUUUUUUUUUCUCUUUUUUUUUUUAAAAAAGAAUGCAUUUCUUUGAAAGAGAGACAUAAUGUUGGUUUACCAAUGCAAAAACAACAUGUCAAAUGUAAUAAUAAAAAAAAAUGUAAA